CUGCAGGCUCUUUCAGUCUAUAAUAUGAGUACAUUUUACCUGGUGGCCUUUCAUUCCUCAGCUAUCCACUAUCUACACCACCAAAUAUGCUACGAAUUCUUUCUUCUCGAACACCCGCGUUCUCAUCCAGUCUGCGUCAAGGCAUGCUGGUUCGGUCACUAUGCGCCUCAGCGGCACAACAGAAACCUACAGGCGAAAGCUCAAUACAAAUGCGAGACAGUAUCGAAUUGGUGUACGAGCCCAAGGUUGACGGUCAAGCAGCGCACGCAGCAGAGGACCUGAAUGCAACGCAAGUCAUCGGCCGAAUAGAUCUAACUCAAAAUAUAGUCGACAAAGCUGAUCGGUUUUCUAUCCAGAUUUCCGAAACAACACACAUCAAAGGUAGCGCUCUACAGGAGUGUGUUUACUUAAACCACUCAUGUGCCCCCACCUGCAAGGUCCACUUCCAUAACGACACACUGGACUUCGUAACCCUACAGCCAAUUAAAAAGGGAGAGGCGCUGACAUUCAACUAUGUCACAAGUGAGUGGGAUAUGGCCACCCCAUUCGACUGUACCUGUGGUGCUCCAGGAUGUGUAGGACACGUGGCUGGAUUCAAACACUUGAAGCCUAAACAACAAGCCGCACUUUACAGAGACGGUCUACUAUCACCGUUUGUUGCAAACAAGUACGACACGCAACAACAGAAGUAACAAAUAUAUCUAGCGCGAAAGCUAACAGUCGCAGUCGUCUACAAUUCUAUACGUCCGGGAGGGUAAUUCAUAGUGUAUUAGUGCCAGAUAUUAGGCCGUGGGUGCAGGUGGAUAGAACCCGCACCAAAUAUGGAGAUGGGAACACCGUAGAACUGAAUAAACCUGCAAUAUUUGUUCACUGUUUAUUGAUGAG